UUGCCAGGUAUGUGAGACUGUUAGUGUGAGUCUUUCUGUCAUGUCUGGACAUACCCGUUCUUCUUGGUGUCUUUGUCAAGUUCCCCUUUGACAGAACAGCAGGAUUUCAUCCUGAAAAAUCUCUGUCUGCACAUAUAGAUCCAUCAGGCUCUUUAAAUCGGAGGUCUUCAACAGGGGCUCCACGACCGCUAGGGGGUCCACAGAGGUACUACAUGGGGGUCGCGAAAGUUUUGGUUGAUUAGACUUUAUUUUUUAUAUUCCCCCCCUGCAAUUUUUUCCACUAAUUGAAAUAUCUUUACAUAAACAUUAAAAUGAAAUCAACACACUGUAGUAAACAGAUAAAUGGAGGCAGAAGAUGUCUUUCAGUAAUCAAUGCAAACAUUAAGCGACACACGGGAGCUCUUUCAAGUUGGCCGCCUUUUCAUUCACAACACCUGUCCCAUCAACCAGGAAUCCCAGGGAGAAAUUACUUUUGUUACAUGACUCCAUCUGUAAUAGAUUGACUGUAGCACUAGUUUGAUAUAACACAAUUUCAAACAAUAUAUAUAAUUAGGGGUCCCCGCUCCAUCUCGUUAUCAGUUUGGAGGUCCUUGGCCUGGAAAAUGUUGAAGAUCCCUGCUUUAAAUACAUUUGAUGCCACUAAACUUAACCAACUCAUAGGUUAUCAGAUCUGCCCUUAGAAAAAAAAGGGAAAAUUUUAAUCAGGUUAUUAAAUCUAGUAAAGAUCAGAGGGAAAGAUGAGUGGAUCCUGGCCGCAUAACACAGAGAACCCUUUGCAGCUGAGUUGGCCCCCUCAGGUGCACCUCAAGUGUGUUCCAGGAUACGCUAGCUGAAAAGCGCCAUAAUCAGCAGAGGGAAAGGCCUCGGCUGGACCGUCCAUCUCGGCACGAGUGCCCAUAUCACCAGGAAGGGAAAUUUCUGAGGGCUGUGGUGGAGCAGCUCAAAGCCUUACUCAAGGUUUCAGUCCCCAAUUCUGUUCCCCAAGAGGCAUCCAGGGAAUUGGAGGAGGGGACCUGGAGGAGGAUACAAUCUCCGUGAGGGCCUCCUAUUCAGAGUUCCAGUCCCUGGGGGAGCAAGGAGAUCCCUUCCCCGACCCUCGUGGGCGGGAGUUGGAACCCCUAGAGUUUGGAAGGUCAGGAUGGUUUGGGAAAUUCUCUCAGGAGUUCAGUUAGCUCUGACCCAGUGUAGGACCCAUGUCAGCUGCACGCGAUUAUUAUGGCAGCCUUGGUCAGAGAUGGCUUGGAUGACACUCAAACAUCCCGUACUGCCGGAAAUCCCUUUUUCUGCAGGGCCCCAGUAGUGCCUCGUUCAAGGUUCCUCCGUCUCCAGCCAUCUUAGAGGAGCUUCAAUGCUGUUGGUCAGAUCCUAGGCACCUCUCCCACCAUGAUGGCAGGGGACGACUCCGCAGGCAGACCCAGAGCUGCCAGGCGAGCUCGAUGGUGGCAGCUCAGUCAGAGGUGGAGGAUGGUGGGAGUUUUUGAAAUCGACAGCAAACAUGAGUUCUACUCUCUGACCUCCAUGAUGAAGGAAGGCCUGCAGGCCUGCAUCCAGAACACAGAGGAGCAGGAUUCACUCACAGAUGCACAUUUCAAGACUGAGGACGUUCAACAAUGUAAGGGGUUUGAGAUGCAUGCGUUUGCAGCACCGGUGUUCUCUGCACUGAGGCGUUCACUUGACAUUAGUGAGCAGGAAUUUCUGGACUCCCUCUGCUCCGACGCCAACUACCUUCAGUUUAUCAGUAACUCCAAAAGCAAGGCGGAUUUCUUCCUCACAAAUGAUAAAAGGUUUUUCCUGAAGACCCAGAAUGAGCGAGAGAUCAGGUUCCUACUGUCUAACCUGCCGGCGUACAUGGAGCACCUGGAGAAAUACCCUCAUUCACUGAUGGUGCGGUUUCUGGGGGUCCACCAGAUUGUUGUUCCAAAUCAACUGAAGAAGUACUUCAUCGUGAUGCAGAGUGUAUUCUACCCUGAUGAAAGGAUCAACAUUAGGUACGACAUCAAAGGCUGUGAGGUUGGGAGGUGGACGGACCCUGAGGCAGGAGGAGAGCAAAUCAUAAAGGUGCUAAAGGACAACAACUUCAGAGGACAGAGCAUUGCUUUAGGACCAGAAAAGUCCUGGUUUGCCAGACAAGUCAAAGCUGAUGCAGCUUUUCUCCAAGAGCUGAACGUGCUGGACUACAGCCUCCUGCUGGCCCACCAACCUCUGCAUCAGGAUGAGCUGGACGGCAAGCAUUCCUUCGCCGACCUCAUCCUCCGAACCACAAAAUCUUUGGACCUGGAGGACCAUCCCACAGACCCAGAUCCCUCCCAUGUCCCCUUACUGCACAGUCGGAGUGAAGAUGUUCAGGAUGGUGCUGGCUGUGGGUCUGAGGGCCCUGAACCGACCCAGGAGACGAUGUGUGAUGUAGAGCUGAAGGAAUUCCACGAACAUAAUCGAAGACUGUUGCCAAACUUCAAGAAUGCGAUUCAUGUGAUAGACGGAGCAGACCGCCGCUACUUUGUGGGCAUAGUGGACAUUUUCACAGUUUACAGUCUGAGGAAAAGACUGGAGAACCUGUGGAAGAAGCUUCGCUUCCCUGGCAGAGAUUUUUCUACUGUCAGUCCUGUAAAGUACUCCCAGAGGUUCUGCAGGUGGAUCCAGCAGCAUACUCAGUGACUCAAUGGGACAGAUAUGAUUUGUUUUCUGGUUCCAGUUGUUGACUUGUUGUUUUUUAUAUCCAUUUUGGUCCAAAUAGCUUUUUGAUAAUGCUUUUUUUUUAUCAAAUAAAACAGAUGAAUCAUUAUUUUAAAUAAAAAAUGCUGUAUCUGUUCUCAGGUUAUCUUUAGUUGAUGCACUGUAGCCUAAAUCUAUUAGGUUUGCUGUUAUUUCUAUGGUAGCGCCAGUAGGGGGCAACAUUGUACCAAUUUGUUGACUGAGAGAAACUCCUUCAAUUAAAAUGUUUUUGCUUCAAAAUUGAUUUGCAGUACUCCUUUAUCUCUAGAAAAAUAAAGUGUUUUCUUUUCUUC